CGUAUUAUAUCGUCGGAUAGGCCUACUAUAUCACGUCGGCCUAAAACUGCGAAGAGGGCGGGGAAGAGGGCUCGUUGAAAUCCCGGCUGAAAUCGGCAUUGAACAAGUUAUCAUCUUCUUACCCUUACCCCCGUUUAUUCUGUUGAAAGCAUUGGCUUCUGUGAGCCUCGAUUGAAAAAUCUAUUUAUAUUUGUAUGCGAAUUUACAGAUAUUUGAGAAUGUAUCGGCUAUCGCUUUGCUGCUAUUACACAGUGGUAUUCUUCUCAAUAGUUUGGCAGACGGUCUCUAGUUUCAAUAUCUUGGUCUCCCCUGUAUACGGAGAGGGAAGCCAUUUUUUCGCUGGAGCGGCCGUGGCCCAGGGAUUAGUUGACAAAGGGCAUAACGUGACUGUUCUCAUCAGCAGGGCAUAUGAACAUAGGACUCAGGAUCCGAGGUAUUCCAAACUACACUUCCUCAUCUUCGAUCAUCGGAACAGAUCGACGGAGGAUGUCCGUCAAAUGUUUUUCCAGGUCAACACAUUCGUAUUUAAAAGUAAAGAAACUCAGUUGAUAGAGUUGUUUUCUCUUGUGAGCGAGUCGAUGGCGGAAGAUUGCGAAUGUGUCCUACGUGACGUCACAAUCAUGAAACAACUGGAAGGAAUAGAUGCUAUUAUAGUGGAUCCUACUUGGAUUUGUGGCAUGGUGAUGAGACAUGUCCUUGAACGAACUCUCAAUUACAGCAAACACAUUAAGAUGAUAUCAAUGACACCAAACAUUCCUGAUGGAACCCUGCUAUUGUAUAGUGGAUCUUAUUUAAAUCUUGCCUUUCAACCAGAGAUAUCAUCUGGGUACACCAACAGAAUGACCUUCUUGCAGAGGGUCAAUAACGUCUUUUUCUUCAGUUCGGUACUCUUUUUAGCAAGUAAGAUUGCUAUACCACCGUAUGAAAAAGUUGCAAGGAACAUGGGUUUUGAUCAGAACGAGUUUGACCUAAGCUUAUGGACUUGGCACAAAUAUUUCGAUUUGCAUCUUAUCAACAUUCAUACUUCAUCUGAGUUUCCCUUUCCACUUGCACCUAAUAUUAUUUUGAUAGGAGGGGGUCUUACAGUGACACCGCCAGCAAAGCUUGAUAAGGUAAUACGAGCAUGCACUCAGAAUUUAGAGGAGUUCGUGAAUAGUUCUGGAGACGAAGGCAUUAUCGUGUUCACCCUUGGUACAUACUUUUCAUCAGUAACAAAGUUUGAGCCAGAGUUUGUCGACUUGUUUGCUGAGGCUUUCCAAAGAUUACCGCAGAAAGUUAUUUGGCAGUUGAAAGAGCUUCCAAAGAAAGAGUUACCAUCUAAUGUAAAAGCAUUGCCAUGGGUUCCGCAGAAUGAUCUGCUCGGUCACCCAAAGCUACGUGUGAUCAUAACUCACGGCGGUAACAACGGGUUUCAAGAGGCUUGUAGUCAUGGCGUACCUAUGGUCAUUAUACCUUUCAUUGCUGACCAAUACGACGUCGGAGCAAGAGUCGAAGCAAGAGGUAUGGGGAGAAGUCUCGACAAACACUCACUCAGCGCUGACGUCAUUUAUGAGACCCUUCAUGAAGUCAUCAAUAACCCAAGUUAUGCACAGGUGGCCAAAGAAGUCUCAUCUAUCAUAAAAAACGACUUUAUGUCUGGAAAAGAACGUGCUGCAUUCUGGGUAGACCACGUGAUAAGAUAUGGUGGAGAAUAUCUCAGAUCGCCUGCUGCAGAACUUUCUUUCAUUCAAUUCUAUAUGUUAGAUGUCCUUGCAUUUCUCUCCGCAUUACUUUGUAUUAUAUUAUUACUUGUAUUUUUCUGUUUAAGAUUUUGUUUUCGUUUGUGCUUUCGACUUGUUUUCGGUAGAACCAAAUCUAAAACAGAUUGAAAACAUAAUCUCAAGAUAUGCGUUAAGGACAAUCCCAGUGAUACGUCACUGUGUGGGUAAUCCACACAAAACGAAUUGCUUGGGAGCAAAGGUUAUUGAAAGAAAUCCGACAAGGAUGUCAUUAGAUCACUAUAAAUCUGUUGAAAUCUCAAAUUGGCAAUUUUGGAAGUCGAAUAGUUUGGGCAACUUCCCAAGUAUGUACUUAUUCACCAAUGCUGAUUUCAAUCUGUAUGCCUUUUCCCUGUAUUUUGUAGCUAAGUUUAACAAAAUAAAUAAUUUAUUUUGUUUUUUAUUGUUUGAAUUAUAAAAUAUUUCAAUUUAUACAGAAUUGACAAUGAUGUAAAACUUGACUGAACUACAUAAUGUUAAACAAUGUUGAUUCCACAAGUUCAGGGAUUAUAAAGCUCCAUUUCAAAUGACAUGGGUGAGAAAAUCAGAAUGUUUCAUAUUUCAGAUAAUAAAAUACAAAAGAAAUAGUGA